GGCGGCGGCGGCGAUUUUAGGCGGCGACGGCAGCGGAGCCGAGCCGAGCCGGGAUGUCGUUGGGGACCGCGCUGUUGGCGCUGGCCGCCCUGCUCUGCGCCGCCCCGCCGCCGGGUCCCCGGGGCGGCGGGGGCGUGGGGGCGGCGGCGGCGAUGUGGAGCGCCUGGCUGAACGUGUCGUGGGAGGACGGCGCGGACCGCAACCGGAGCGGCUGGGAGGCGAGCGAGAGCGGCCUGUUUGGGCAGGACUCGCCGCUGCAGGCGGCCGCGGGGGUGCUGGUGCUGCCCGACGGCAGCGACUCCUUCAACGCCUGCAGCGCCCGCACCAACUUCAGCGGGGCCCCCCCGCCGGGCCCCGGCCCCGGCAGCUCCCCGGGCUGGCUCGCCCUCAUCCAGCGCGGCGGCGGCUGCUCCUUCGCCGACAAGAUCCGCCUGGCCGCAGAGCGCGGCGCCGCCGCCGCCGUUAUCUACAACUACCGCGGCACCGGCAACGACGUGCUGCCCAUGUCCCACCACGGUGCUGAAAGCAUCGUUGCAAUUAUGAUUAGCAACCUGAAAGGCAUGGAGAUCUUACACCGGAUUGAGAGUGGCAUGAAAGUGUCUAUGGUUAUUGAAGUGGGGAAAAAGCAUGGUCCUUGGAUGAAUCAGUACUCCAUCUUCUUCAUCUCGGUCUCGUUUUUCAUUGUCACGGCAGCAACCAUGGGCUACUUUAUUUUUUAUUCUGCUCGGAGACUCAGGAUCACAAGGGCUCAGUCCAAGAAUCAGCGACAACUGAAGGCCAGGGCUAAGAAGGCCAUUGAACAGUUACAGCUGCGCACCCUGAAGCAAGGGGACAAGGAAACUGGUUCUGAUGGAGAUAGCUGUGUUGUGUGCAUUGAGCCGUACAAGCCAAAUGAAGUAGUGCGUGUUCUGACUUGCAACCAUCUCUUCCACAAGAACUGUAUUGACCCCUGGCUUCUGGAACACAGGACAUGCCCAAUGUGCAAAUGUAACAUACUCAAAGCUUUGGGUUUUGAGGUGGAUACAGAAGAAGGGGUCGAGUCUGUGCAAGCCACAGUAUCCAGUGGGACACCAAAUGUCUCUACAGUUAAUGAAGAGGAUAAUCGUAGUGAAACAGCAUCAUCUGGAUAUGCUUCUGUACAAGGAGGAGACGAAUCUGUUCUGGAGGAACAUGCACCAUCAGAAAAUGAUGACAUGCAUCUUGUAUACAAUGAAUCCCAACCCUCAGCUGUGAAUGUCCUUCCACACGUUGACAACCCAAGUUUUGAGGCAGACGAGGCGCAAGUUCAUGAAGUCAGGUCAUAAGAAUGUGCCCAGCAACAUGGAGUAAGCGUACUGCCAUCGUGUGUGUACCAAACAUUGCAAGACUGUAGCAGAAAAAUAUUGCCUUGGCAAUGCUGAGAUCAAAGACUUGUUCAAAUCAUAAUUGUAUGGUUUGCCAUUCUUAAAACUGCAUCUUCCAUGUGGAAUUUAGUUUUAGCACUCUUCAGAUAAAGCUGUCUUAAAUAAAAGCAUCAAUUCUAACACUAAACCAGAAGUUCCAUCUUCAGCAAAGCUUCUCUUCAGUGUUUGAACCAUUUAAAUACGGAGAAGAUUCUUUGUUGUAGUUCUCUUUACUGGGAAUUGUUUUGACUUGGGUUUUCUUGUUUAUUGUUUUAAUUCAAGUGGAUUUUCAUUGUAAACACAGAUUAUGAUCUGGUCUAAAACUUCUUUACCAGACAGUUUAGUUUAAAGAAAGACUGUAUUGAAUAUUUCGGUGCACUAAUUUGAUAGGAGAAAGUACAAACUAAUGCCUGUCAAACUGGAGUUUGCCUGCAGUGUCUUUGGUUCUCUAGUAAACUGAUUUAUUCUCUACCUCUCAACUCCAACCUGCCAACCACACAUUCCUAAAGGGGAGAAAGAGAGCUUCAAGUUGACAGGCCAAAUCUGACUUGCACAAUACUGUAAAGGGAACAAUUGCAUGAGCUUUUCAAAACUGUUAAUAUUAGACAGUCUGAAAUAUCCUCCAUGAUUUUUGGAGUUAUAACCAUCUCUAGCACCAGCAAUACGUAUGCCAGAGUCCUGGCUUUGUGAGAGUCUGUGGUGACUUCAGGAAGACUGAACUAAAGAUGAAAAGAUAGAUUCUUCGUGUUUUGUUCAGAAAAUGACCCAGCCUCUGAAAAAUGUUGGGACUAUAGCUGUGCAUUGUCUUGCCUGUGUGCUAAAGCUGCAGGGAGAGUUGAUGUCCUGUAAACAGAACAGAUGACUGGAGAAGUUGUCUGCCAUCUGUGGGGAGUUGAACUGGGGUUGAGGAGGAACACUGGGUGCCUCCACAGGAAGGGUAGGGCCUUGUCCAGCGAAGGUAACUACAGACAUCUUACAGAUGCACUUUAUUUUUUUUUUAAUCUCUGUAUCUAUAGCUUGUUUCUAAUGUUAGCAGAGCUUUGUCUUAAAGCCCACAAUAAAGGCCUAUUGAAUCUGGAGGGGAAAAGCGAUGCAUUUUCUUAUCUAUAGUACAAUUAAAAUUGUUGUAAAUAUUUCAUGAUUUGUAUUGAAUUUGAAUAUGAAAAUGUAAAUAAAACUAUAUUUUCAUGA